GGAGGCGAAGGGCCAUAGCUGUGUGGAACUCGCAUAGGGCUUUUAGAUCAAUAUGUCUGGUCGUGGCAAGGGCGGGAAGGGCCUGGGCAAGGGAGGCGCCAAGCGCCACCGCAAGGUGCUGCGCGACAACAUCCAGGGCAUCACCAAGCCCGCCAUCCGGCGGCUGGCCCGGCGCGGCGGUGUCAAGCGCAUCUCCGGCCUCAUCUACGAGGAGACCCGCGGGGUGCUCAAGGUGUUCCUGGAGAACGUGAUCCGCGACGCCGUCACCUACACGGAGCACGCCAAGCGCAAGACGGUCACGGCCAUGGACGUGGUCUACGCGCUCAAGCGCCAGGGCCGCACUCUCUAUGGCUUCGGCGGUUAAGAAAAUUUUCCCUGGUUUCAU